UAAACGUCAGACGCCAGGUUCUAAUUCAACCAACGCAAUUAAAGACACUGUUUUCAUAUCGUUAUUGGCAAAUUUUACCAUCAAAAUGCCGAAAAAGAUGGGCAUAAACUCGAAGGCCGUCGAGGCACGGGAAAGAAAGGCAGAAGCGAAAAAAGUGGCUUCAGAUAAAGCGGCCAAGGCAGCCGAAGAUGCUCUCUGGGCCGACGACGACAAACAGCUAGCAAAGAAGAAAAAACAAAAGGAAGAUGAGGAACGCAAGAAAGCCGAACUAGCCAAGAAAAAAGCGGAAACUAAAGCACUGUUGGAGCAGGAAAUGAGCUCGAUAAAGGUUACCCCCAAGGUUUCGGUUCAGAAGGUAACCCGUUCUCAGAUCGAGGCAGAGGUGGAAAAACGGAACAAAGCCGUCGAGCGCUUAAAUGCCCCACCAAAGGCGGCACCUGCGGUCACAAAGUCGGUUCCAAUAGAGGAAAAUCUCAACCGUGUGAUGGCCGAUACGGAAAUAGCACAAACCAUCGACCAAGCGAUCUCUAUUCUGAGCGUCAAAGAUACCACUGACGAUCGACACCCGGAGAAACGAAUGAAGGCAGCCUACAAAGCGUACGAGGAAGAACACCUAGUCCGACUGAAACAGGAGUGUCCCUCGUUAAAGCUUUCCCAACUUAAGCAAAUGAUUUUCAAAGACUGGCAAAAAGCCCCGGAAAACCCGAUGAACCAGUAAAUUGUAGGAUUCCAGUUUAUUCGGAAUUUAAUAUUUAUUCUAAUCAAAUUGGUGAUUCAUUGGGCUAAGUCAAGCGAAAUUUAGCUUGGUUUUCGUGUGUUCGUAUAAGAAAUAUAAUUUCAAAGAUUGUGCAUAGUA